CUCCGAACGACAAUCAGCAACAAUGACUGGACGCGGCAAAGGAGGAAAAGGUUUGGGAAAAGGAGGCGCCAAACGUCAUCGUAAAGUGCUGCGGGACAACAUCCAAGGAAUCACCAAGCCGGCCAUUCGUCGGUUAGCCCGCCGCGGUGGUGUCAAACGUAUCUCCGGCCUGAUCUACGAAGAGACCCGCGGAGUGUUGAAGGUGUUUCUGGAAAACGUAAUCCGUGACGCCGUCACCUACACCGAGCACGCCAAGAGGAAGACCGUCACCGCCAUGGACGUGGUCAACGCUCUGAAACGCCAAGGCCGCACUCUGUACGGUUUCGGAGGUUAAUUCCCGACGACCGUUCGCAUUGCACCCUACCUACUGUUCUUUAAAACGGCCCUUUUCAGGGCCACCAUUUUAUGUUAUCACAAUUAUCCAUUAACGUUUAUGUCAUUUAAUGCAUUUCGCAGUCGGCUACAUGAGUAUAAUAUUAUGUGUCACGUGUUUGAAUGCGCAAAAUAGUUAAUAUUAUGAAGUAUACCGUAUGAAUUACCAAAACGUUAUGGCGUAUUGCCAUUAUAAUAAUAAUAUAUAUACAAACGAGUAGUUUUAACGGUAUACAUUUGUAAUUGUUCGAGUUAAUAUUUUAUAGUACAUACAGACUAUUGUGUACUCUG